CAUGUGUAGAUUUGGACUUUGAAAAUUAGUAAACAAUUGCAAAUAAAUGACUUCAGGCUUGAGCGAACUACUUUGCCGCGUCUGUCUGAAGCAGGACGAGCUCCUGGUAGACAUUUACGAGCAUGUGGAGGAGCAGCAAACGGAUCUAUGCACCCUACUCGAACGCUGUGGCGAUAUCAUAGUCGAAAAGUUGGAUAGUUAUCCAAAGUAUUUGUGCCAAGAGUGCACCAAGGAGCUCCUAAUCGCGGCCAAGUUUCGCGACAAAUGUGCGGCAACGGAACAAGCUAUAAAGCAGAGAAAACGGAAACGUUUAGAUGACGAAGCAGCAUCGUUGGCAAUAGGCGAAUUGGCUAAAGACGAGCUGGUGGUGGAUGACGAGGAGAACACAAUAGAUGCAAAUGAUAUUAUAGAAUUCGAUCCAAGCGAGCAUGUUGAGCUAUACGAGGAAUGUGAAACGGAAGAACUGGCCAUAAAAGAGACUAUAGAAGCACCAGAGUUAGCUGUGAGAGAAGAGUCGAUAGAAGAAUCUAAUCCUAUACAGUUAAAUGCCAACUACAACUGUGAUGAUUGCGGCGCUGUCUUUCAGCAGACAGUGACGUUGCAGCGGCACAUAGCUAAAUCACAUCCCAAUGCAGUUAUCUACAAUUGCAUGCACUGUGGCUAUUGCUUUACCCAGCACAUAAAUCUGCAGAGGCACAGCUGCACAGCUAGCUUGAGUGCGCCGUCGAGAAAUGAAGGAAUGGCGCGUACACGUCAUCGCUGCGUAUACUGCGGCAAGUGUCUGCAGUCGGCGCCCAGUUUGGUGAUGCAUCUUCGUCUGCACAACGGCGAGCGGCCCUUUGCCUGCGAUGUUUGCCCCAAGACAUUUAAAACCAAUGGCGGACUUGUCGUCCAUCAGAAGCGACACCUCAAACUGAUUGAGUUCGAGUGCGAGUAUUGUGGCAAGGGUUUCGUGGAGUCCAGCAAUCUAAAGCGACACAUUGCCUCGCUGCACACAUCGGAUCGUCCGCACAGGUGCACCAUCUGUCAGCACUCCUUCGCCCGCGUCUAUUUGCUUGAGCUGCACAAGCGCACCCACACAGGCGAGCGUCCGUAUGCCUGCUCUUGGUGCGACAGCAGCUUUGCCCAGCUAAGCGUUCUACGCUCACACGAGAGAAUCCAUUCGGGCGAGCGGCGACAUCGCUGCGAUCUAUGCCAGAAGACAUUUAGUCGCUUGAGCCAGCUGAAAAAGCAUACGCUCAAAUCCUGCCUGCCUGUGGCCACGCAAGCCGUAAAUGAAGUUGUCAUGGAUUGAACUGCUGCUUAUUAUCUGUAUCUACACACAGCCAGGUCUCUUUGCCGUAAUUUUGGGCUGUUACCAAUCGAAUUAAUUGUGAUUUAUUAUCAAGUUGGUAGCGUGCCAACACUAAAAUAAGCUCCAUUAACAAAUAAAAUAUCAAUUGUUAAAGUGGAA